AUGGAAACUAUAUAUGACAUCUUAGGGGGAAACGUGUACAUACUUUUAAAAAGGAAAACAUUGAGAAGUCUUGGUUUUUAUCCAUUUUAAACAAAAGACUUAAGUUUAUCUGUGAAGAUUAAGUUUUCUAUAUCAUUUAUGUUGUUUCAGAUUAAUCAAAGUGAAAAAUCUUCAACUCAUCUGCUCAUUGAUAAUAAGAUAAAUCACUGGUCUAAGACUGAAGUCUCUUUGGAGGCAGGACUUUCGUUUUUCACUCUGAACGGUGGAGAAGGCUCAGCUUUGGGCCAGUCUUCAGAGCAGCGAUUAGUAAAUGAUAGUUACCCUAAACAUUUAUCACUUGGUGAUAAUUUACAAGAUUUUGCUGAAAGCCAUGAUAAAGAAUAUAUGGAAGAAGUAAUUUUUCCAGAUUUACUUGAAGUAAAAGCUGCUGAAUAUGAAGAUGAUCAAGAACAAAUCAAAAGACAACAGAUAAAUAUUUUUGUGCCAAGUAGUUCCUCAGUGGUCAGCCAGCGUAAACUGCCAAAAGAUAUGAUGCCACGCAUUUUAGAAGACGAAGGAUUCUAUAUACAGAGAAAGCCAAAAAUAUAUAAAAAGACCUGCAACAAAAUGGAAAAUCGCCUGCUUCAACUAGAAGAGGGAAUGUGUUGGUUUGAAGAAAGUGCUGAAAUAAUGUCAUUACCUUCACCUAUUAGCCAGUCAUGGAAAUUCAGACUAAACAUAAGCAAGGAAUCUUUAAAUCCAGCACUAAAGACCAUAUACAGGAAGCUUAAAGCGCUGACACAUGCUACCAAAUUAUUAAAUGAUGAUUUGGAAAUGAGCCAGCUGACUGGAAAAUCUUUACAAGAUUAUUAUUGGCAGAUAAGUAAUACAAAACAGCUCUAUGACUUAGAAAGGGAAAAGGACUUCUCCCUCCUACAAAGUAUAUUACGUACUUGGAAACAGAUAAAAUCUCUUCGACAACAGCAAGGGUUUAUAAGCACCCCGAUAAAGUUACAGUUUCAGAGGAUAAAAAUAAAUAGAUUUGAUGAACAAAAUCAAGGAGAAAUGUCAGAAAUGUCUGAGACUGAGAAGAAAACUGAAGGAAAAGCAUAUAACAGUGGGGGAAAUGAGGAGAGCCUCUUAUAUUUAGCUUCAGCACUUGAAGAAACAGAUAUUGAAGGAAUAAAGCCAAUUACUUUGAUGCCACAACUUUCUUUUGCUGAAGAAUUAACAAACUUAUCCAAGUGUUCACUGCAUGAACAAAAGAGGAGAGCCAAAAUUCAGAAACUUAAAUAUUUUAUUAAAAUAUUAUACAAUGAUAAACAGGUUUCUUGCACUUCAAUAUCUCCUCUGCAGUUUGAUUUUAAAGUCAUGUUUCAGCAGAUUUUCAAUAUCCAGUUAAUAUAUUGGCCUGAAACAAUUUGCUUGGAGGUUUAUGAAAUAAAUAAAAGGACAAACUUGCUGGCAAAACUAUAUGUACCUUUGCCUAACAACACAGAGCUGAAAAGCAAAACUGCUUUGGAAUAUGUAGAGUUUAGCUCUGAUGAGCUGGUCAUGCCUGAGUAUGGAGAAGUAGGAAGCAAUGUGCCUUUUCUUCUUGAGGGAAAUGAAACUGAAGAACUUUGUCUUUUCACAUCAGGAAAACUAAGCUAUUCCCUGUCAUGGGCCUUAGAUGAAAAUGGCAUUCCUCUGACACCUAUGUCGCAGUCAUUAAGAUCUGCUUACUGCAGUGUGUUAAGAAAUGUAGAUGCAAGAGGCGAUCCUGGAAUUCCAUGGCUCAUUAAUACACAGAAGCUUUUUGAAUGGGCAAAUGAAGUCAGAAUUGACCCAAAUAAUCCAGAAUAUUCUGAUUUAAUGGAAUUUAUUAUGUACAUGAAACAUAAAGGGAAGGAUAUUCCAAAGUAUUUUCGUCUUGAACAGUUGCAAGAAGAAUCAAGUUUUGUUUCUGAAGAGGAAAUGAAAAAGAGUAAACGUUUCCGGCUAUUGCAGCUUAGAAAUGCAGGACAAUUAGGUAUUUUCCCUCUGCAGCAAAUACCCCUUUAUGACAGAGAGAUUCCAGACUCAGCCUUCCAGGAAUAUGAAAGUCAGGUAGAGAAGGAUAUGUCCUUUUCAGAUGUGAAUUCUAUUACCGCCCAAAGGAUUAGUUCUGUCAAUUUUCUGAAAAAGCCAGUUGACACAUGCAAUUUGUAAGCUUGUUGAACGACAAAGAAAGUUAAAGCCUCAGAGGAAAGAAAGGAAAAAAGUGGCAGCACAGACGAUCUGUGAUGGAGAUAUUAAGAUUCUUGUCAGAAUCCUGAGGGCUUAUAAUAUUCCCAGCAGGAAAACAACAGUUCACAGAAGGCCCUUGGAUAUAUCUACUUCUCUGAUAUCAUCCAUAUCUUGCCUCAGACAUAAAGAAACAAUCAAAUCAGUGGCCUCAGAAGAGAUCUUGUAUGAGUUAAGUAUUUAGUACUUUUAUAAAGUGUAGUUCCAAUGGCUUGCCCUGAAUUGCUACUGGUUUCUCUGUCUCUAAUCUGUUGGGAUUCCAGUUUACUUUCCAUAACACAAUGAAGGUGCUCUUUAUAAAAUGUAAUUCUAACCCUUUCAUUCCUUGCUCCCCUGCUCUCAGGGUCUUUAGAAUACAGUACAAGCUCCUUAGAAUGCCUACAAAAAUCUGUAAUGAUGUGGCCCUUACCUACAAGUCAGCCAAAUCCCAUCUCUUUCCACCCAACAGCAGUAUCAGACUACCACCUGUUCUAGAAAGCCUAUUACAUGCCCUUUCCUUAGCCUGCAGUGGCCUCCACCCAGCUCAGUAUUAUUGGCCACAUUACUGCUUAAUGUUUCUAAGCUCAGGCUCAAGCAGUGUUUUCUCUGUGAAGCUCCUGUCCUCACCCCCAGAAAUUUAAUCAUGCCCUCUCCUGAGUAACUAUUAUAUCUGGAAUAUAUUUUUAUUUUAUUUCUCACAUUUCAUUGCAAUUAUUUAUUUACCUGUUUAUUUCCCCUAAUCUUAUGUAA